GCUUCCCACCUGAAUCAUGGCUUUCCAAAACAACACAACUGAAUUAAAUUACACGUAUGGUUGGAUAAAUUCAAAUCGAGGAUCUGUAGCUGAAAUAUUUGGAAUGAUUUGCACAAAAUACAUAGCACCUCCCAUCUGUGUUUUUGGAAUACUAGGUAAUUCUUUCAGCCUUGUAGUCUUGUUGCGGAAGUCUCUAAAACAAUCCCCAUAUAUCAAUUUGAAGGCUCUGACCAUUGUUAAUCUAUUGGCUUUACUUCUUUCUUUUCCCUACAUGAUAUACGGAGAAAAUUCAAGAGAAUAUGGAUGGAUGUGGUACAACAUCUACAUUUUCAUUCCUUUUGUCAGCUUUCUAACUGCCACUAGUAUUUGGAUUGUUGUACUGAUGACCAUUGAACGCUUUAUGUAUGUGAAAUUUCCUCUUCGCGCAAAAGGACAAUGUGGUCGAACAGGAACCAUAACUCGAAUAUUUAUCCUAUCAUUGUUAUCAUUUAUUAUAUCGAUUCAUAAAUUUUUCCAGUAUGAACUAGAUUCUGUCAAGGUAAGAUACAAGAAGACUUCAUUUACAAAAAGUGAAAUGUCGCACGUUAUUGAAAUAACUAUAAUGGUGAUUAUUCAUUUCAUACCGUUAAUGGUUUUAGUGGUUGUGAACACAUUGUUAGUGAGCACAGUACGUCGGGCCAGGACCCGGAGGUUGACUUUGAACCUGCGCAAUAACCAGGAGGGAGGUUGGCAGAAGGACGAGAGGCGCUUUACUGUCACACUCGUCAGCAUAGUGAUUCUGAACAUCUGUUUUAUUGGACCAACAACCAUCACAGACAUACUGUAUUUAAGCACAAUCCACCGACACAAUAACGAUAUAAUAACGACUAUUUCAGUCUUGCGUCAGUUUUCAAAUGUUCUCUUAUGGUGUUGCCUGUCGUUUAAUUUUGUGCUGUUUUGUACUUUUAAUAAGAGGUUUUUACAGGCUGUGAAAGACACUUUACAGUUCCAUAGAUUUCACAGAUUUCGAAGGAACCGUUCUAUGAAAUCGUCAGAGAUGACGUUUUUGCGUUCAACAAACUUCGACAGCUAAUCAUUCAUUCCCAAUUGAGAUUUUAAUAAAUAUGAUAAUUAAACGAUA